AUGUCAAGCAGUCAGAUAUUUACGCCGCCUGACUGCUUGGACCCAGAGGCAAAGUCUCUGUCCUUCUAUUUGCUCUCUCUCUCUCUCUCUCUCUCUCUCUCUCUCUCUCUCUCACAGGGCAGACAGAUACACAAGCACACACAGCUCUUUAUAGCCCCAUCUCUCACGUGUGAUGUCCUGAGGUUUUGUCUUCUUUUCCUUCGCUCUGAAGAGGAGACUGGAAUGUACGACACUCACACCAAGGAUACAAACAACAACUGCAACAAGUCCCUUCUCAAUGACCAAAAGGAGAGACUGAUUCAGGCCAUUAGGAGGAUUAAACAUGAGAUCGACGAAUGCAAGGAAGCCGCGCGGGACUCCUACGCGGAGGCCGUGGACGUGGAGGGCCAGUUUGACGAGAUGGAGCGGGAGAUCCGAGCAGAAUUCCAGAACCUCCACCGAUUCCUGGAGGAGGAGGAGGAGAGGGACGUGGAGCGGCUGAUGAAGGAGAAGAACAGACGCGUGAAGCUGCUGCAGGACAGGGAGGCGAAGAUCUCCACGCAGGCUCGAGACUUGGAGAGGGCCAUCGAGACACUCAACUCCAAGCUGAAGGAAGAAGACAGCCCCAAACUGCUAAAGGAAAUCAAAGAUCUGCUGAAAAGAUGCGAGGUGAACUUCUUUCGUCCGGCUCCGGUAGACAGUGAGUUUUGCUCAGGCCAGUUUGUGGGGCCGAUCCAGUACAGGAUCUGGAAGCACAUGAGGACAUCGCUCUACCCAGACAUAUCCAUGGUGACCUUCGACCCCGAGACAGCUCACCCUCUGCUCCGCCUGUCGGCCGGCAACACGGCGGUCCGCUUCGAGGAAGAGACGCCGUUGGACGGGACGUCGAGCAGCCCGAAGCGCUUCCACUACUACUACACCGUGCUGGGCCGGCAGGCCUUCACACACGGCCGCCACUACUGGGAGGUGGACGUGCAGAGCAAGACGGCGUGGCGGGUGGGCGUGGCGCGGGACGAUAUACCCCGCGGCGCCAUGGACACGUCCACGGAGGUGGACGGGCUGUGGACACUGACGCUGCGGGACGGGCGCGUGCGGGCGUGCACGUACCCGGAGGCCACCGCGGUGCGCUGCGCCGCCCCACCCACCCGCUUGGGCGUCUUCCUGGACUGUGACAGAGAGGAGGUGUGCUUCUACGACGCCUCCACCAUGGCACCGCUCUUCUGCUACGCCAUGGGCACUGUGCCCGUGCCCGUCUGCCCGUUCUUCAACCCGUGCGACGCGGAUGGUGGCAGGAACCGCGCCCCGCUCUCCAUCUUCCGGCCGGCGCUCUGAGGACUCCGCCGGGCAUGCCAGAUACGCACGCCAACUGGGAAUUCAGACCCAGGUGCCUGGAUUUGGCGGUCAAACUUGGAGUGUAAGAGUGAAACCUGGAGCGAAGAGUGAAGCUGUGCUGACAAAUGCUUAAUUUCCAUUCAACUAAUGUGUAUAUAACAGUGAAAUUUUGUUGUUGCUGUUGACUUUCAAAUACUUGUAUCAGAUUCUUUGUGAAUAUAAAUGGCUUUCUAAGUAUUCACUCUCAGAGUGCCUGGUUGGCUAGACAGAGAAACACAGUGGGGAGAGGAAAGGUAGAGAGGUAUAGAGAGAGAGAGAAAGUGUGUGAAGAAAUAAAUGAUAGAUGGAUGGUGGAUGGGUGUUAUACUGUUUCACUUUAGCCUGUCUAUAAAUACUACAGUCACACCUGCUGAAA